CCGUCACACAUGGACGUGUGAGCGGGGGCUUCCGUGGUUCCUUGUUUCGCUGGAAAAUGAGAAAUAUAUGAGGACAGAAGUUAGAAGAUAUUUGAUCAUAGUGAAGUAGAUUGUUUUGAGAGAAGGAUGAUGGCCCAACAGUUAAUUUUACACAGUCCUGCUGGCUCAGAGCCGGCUAUAUACCAGUGGCCUUUGUCAUCGUCAGACAAGAAUGAUGGAGCUGUUGAGAUUGUAGAAACUAUUAGGUGGGUCUGUGAGGACUUUCCUGAGUUGAAGUCAGCUAUAAAAAAUCAUGUACUGAGUGAUUAUGACACAAGAAGCUACAAAAGCAUGAAAGCUCUGUGUGAUUUAUACAACCAUGCUAUUGACAGUGCACUACACCUACGUAAAGGAUCUUCCAACCCUGCCAUUGUUCACAGCCAAGCAACAACAGGAUUGUUGAGACACAUCAUUCAACAGGUGUACAACCACUCAGUCACUGAUCCUGAAAGGUUGAACCAGUAUGAACCUUUUUCCCCAGAGGUAUAUGGGGAAACAUCCUAUGAGUUUGUGGCUCAGAUGAUUCAAGAAAUUGACAUUAGUGAAGAUGACGUGUUUAUCGACCUUGGAAGUGGAGUUGGUCAAGUUGUUCUCCAGCUGGCUGCUAUGUCACCAUGUAAGAUGUGCAUUGGUAUUGAAAAAGCUGAUGUUCCUUCACAUUAUGCCAAGGCAAUGGAUCAUAACUUCAAGUUUUGGAUGAAGUGGUAUGGGAAGAAAUAUGGAGAAUACAAGCUUUUUAAAGGGGAUUUCCUCACCGAGGAGCACAGAGACACAAUUGUCAAUGCUUCAUUAGUGUUUGUGAAUAAUUUUGCUUUCGGCCCUACAGUAGAUCACAUGUUAAAAGAAAGGUUUGCUGAUAUGAGAGAUGGUGCUAGGAUAGUAUCAUCAAAAGAAUUCUGUCCUCUCAACUUUCGCAUUACAGACAGGACCAUGAGUGAUAUUGGAACCAUUAUGCAUGUGAAAGAAAUUACGCCUCUGAAAGGUUCAGUUUCAUGGACUGGGAAACCUGUAUCUUACUUUGUACACACAAUAGAUCGGACUAAGUUAGAGCACUAUUUCCAGAAGUUGAAGAAUCCAAAACUCAGGGAUGAGGAAGUGGGAAACACUCGUGCUAGAAAAUGUAAAAACACUGCCAUUAACCACUUCCUUAUAGACUCUUCAUCCAAUGACUCCAAGGAUUUGAAUAAAGAGGAAACAGUAAUUUUUGGACCAACCACAAGAAAAGCCUGGACUGCUUGGUGCAACAGCCAAAACAAAUCAAUAGCUAGCAACACUAGUGGACAAGACAGCAAUGAAGAAAAUGAACCACUUAAAAGACCUACAGGAAGGCCUCCAGUGAGACAGAGGCAACAGAGGUUAGUGAAGAUGAAAGAACAAAAGAAAAAGCCUGGACGACCUAAGAAGGGCAUGGUCAAGACUAAGCUUCGGAAAGCUUUAACAUUCAGUGGAUUGGACCUUCUUCACACGCAGACUGUUCUGAGCACAUCAAACAAAGCAAGUGAGCGGUCUGAUCCUGCUCCUGGCUGUAUUGACCAAAAACUUGACACUAUGAUUAUGAAUCCAGCUAACACUGCCAUUACUUCUGAAAUGCCUUCUGGUCUGCAAGAACUACUCGACUUGUACAAGACUCAAUUUUUACACUUUAUACAAAAAAUGAAAACUUCCCAAUAUAAAGAGAACUUGAAAAAUCUGAUUGAAAAAGAAAAGCUAAGAAAGGCUAAAUUGAGUUCAAGUGCCUCACAGUUAGAAAAACAAAUUCAAGCACUCAGCCAAGAUGGUGUAUCACUUCUGAAAGCUCGCAUGGCAGAAAUGGGUAUUCAUGCUAACUUACCAUCAGAUCUGCUCAAGAAGACCAAAGAAAUCGUUGUGACACACAAGGAAUUACAAACCAAAGCUUCAUUGCUGCAGUGUCAAAUUUCAUCACUGGAGUCAGAAAAUAAUUUGCUGCUUGCCACGCAAAACAAUAAGAUGAACUUUCCCUUUGUAACUAAUGGUUUAGUGAAGAAUGGGGAAAAUCCUCCUGCGAUGCAAGAUCACAUCUUGAAAGAGAUCUCCUCUACCCUUACACAACGCAAUGUUCUGCACAGCAAGGUACAAAAGCUGGAAAAUGAGGUUUACUCCCUUGGAAAAGUAGCUGUCACAAAACAAAAGCUCCAUCAUUGUAAAGAUAACAUGGAGCAACAUACUAAUUUCAUUGUUCCUGGUAGCCUUGUUGGCCCUAAUGUGGUGAAAGAACAGUUGCUUCCAAAAUCAGAAAAGCAAGAAUCUGAAAACUACUCACUUUCUGUUACAGCCUCUUCAGUCAUUGUUUCCCAGGAUUCAAACUUUUCUGGUAGAAUUAAGGAAAGAGAUGGAGUAACACCAUCAUCAAAUUUCAAUGGCUACAGAGAACAGGAAUUAAAAGGAAGAUUGGAAAUGCCCAGUUCUGACUGUUUUGUACCCACCAGUAGUGAUGUUAAUGUUGAAGAUACAUCUCUAAACCAUCAAAGUGUAAUAAAGUCAACCAUUUCUUCUACAACCAGCACACAUUCCAGCAACAAUGGUAGUUUUCCAGAAGAUCUUUUAGAUACCAUGCCCUACUCUCCAAUAAGCCCAAGCAGAAGUCCAUUGCCCCAAAACUUUGUUUUAGGGCCUCAGUAUGAACCUGUAUCACCCUUACCACCAUCUUUAUCUAAGCCUGAUACACCAGUUCUUGACCAAGAAAGAAUUGGCACUACAGAUUUUCGUACAUCAACUGAUAUUCCUCCAUCUUGUGGACUUUUGACCCCCUCAGAAGUUCAAAAUAGUCAUAAAACUCCUGACAAAACUAUACCACCACUCCAACUAAGUAGGGAACCUCAGUUAUCCUGUAGUUUAAAAGCAGAACCUUUAAAGGAAAGUAAAACUUGGAAACGGAGUCAUCGUCAGCAUUGUGGGUCAAAAUCACGGAGACAAAGUUCAAACAUAAAAUCAUCUCAGCAAGACAUACAGGAAAAAUCUUCAAAUCCAAAUAACAAAGUCAUGAAUGGCUUAGUGCUAAACUUAGGAAGUCUCUUGGCUUCCAAAAGCCCUAAAGGUAGUUCCAAACAAGAUGAAUUAAAGCUUAAAAGACAGAAAAGAAAGCACAACUCUACUUCUAGUUACUGUGGAACUAGUCCAUCAAAAAAACGUAGUUAUUCACCUCUUAGUCGUGCCUCUGACUCUGGCAUUGAAAGUCUAGGGUCUGUAUCCCAGAGUAGUGGACCCCCUAGUGCUGGCAGUGUUUCAGCAGCAGAUGCAUCUCCUGUGGCAAAUGGUACCUGUUCAACUGCAGAAAGAUUGGAUGCAAACAGGGUCUCACCAACCAAAGUUGUGGAAAAGCUGGAAAACCUAGCUAGAUCUGAAGUCAUACCAGACCUGACAAAGGCAGAGAAUGGAAUUAGUAAACAUGCAGAUCAGACAAGGGGAAGACACUGGCAAGCUAAAAUCUGUAGUGGUUUUGACAAAUUGUUGGCUCUAGCUUCAAAUCCUAGUGACAACCAGCGGAAAGAGCUGUUGAAGCCAGAAAAACGGGGAAAUGUUUACAGUGGCUCCCGAAAGAAUACCAACAAAGGAACGACAUCUCACCAAGAAUCUAAAAAAUGGGUGGUGGAUAGCAUCAAACAUGGUGAUCACAAGUCCAGCUCUCAGGACAACUCUGUCUUUAUAACCUUUAAAGCUGUGAGUCCAUCAACUCAAGUAAAAGCUUUGAACCAUCGUACCCGAGACCACCAUCACCGAGGAUCUCCUCCAAGCAGAUUAAGACACAGCAAAGUCACCUCUCCACAUUUACCAAGAAAGGGCCCAAGGACUCCUCCAGACACACCUCCAAGUACACCAUCAGAAUCCCCUGAACGUAUUAUAGGAUUGAGCACAACUGCUUCUUCACACCAUUGCCACAGUCCUAUCAGCAGCGUUGACAGCCCAUGUAGUAGAAGAAGUCGGAGUAGAUCAGUGAGUCCACCUUGUUAUGAUCAUGAACGAGGACGUCAUCGUCAUUCACGCGACCACUCUCGAUCUCGUUCUGGGUCAGCUAGCAGUUUGGACUCUACCAGUAGCCGUGAAAGUGGAAGAUAUUCAAAGUCUCGGAGACACCAUCGUCACUGUACAAACUUAGGAAAAUCUCAAAGCAAGAAGAAGUCUACUGAGAGGAGUAAGUGUGGAAGCAUUGUAAUAGCUCCCCCAAGGAAAGAUGACAAAACUAAUGGAGUAGGAGUAGAAACUUCCUUGUCUCAGCCAGUUUCGUGUACAGCCAUGAUGACCCAUCCAGCCUACAUGGGAGGACUUCCUAUCAUCUCUGUGGGAAACUUUCACUCUCAGAGUAUUCAAUACACUGGUCAGUUUGUGUUUCAUCAUUCUUCUGCAGUCAGCCAGGGAGCUGUUAAUGUUGGUGAAGCAACCAACCUGCCCCCACCUUCUGCUCCACCUUCUCAACAUCCUCCACCAACACUUUCUUCUUCUUCUUCUGAUCUUUCUGCAGGACUUUUGCCUUUGCAGUGGGACCUGCACAGUCAUCAGCCUUAGUACCCCAAGUAAAUUUGGCAACUUUUCCACUGGCAACAGGCACUGCUCAACCGAUGAUUCCCUUGAUGGUUGACUUUUCUGUCCCCCCACCAAGUUUCAACAUGCCUCCUCCCACUUCUUCCACUAACGUGCUACCACCGCAAGCACUGCCAGAUUUUAGUGUUCCCCCACCUAAUAUAGGAUCAACUCCUGUUGCUGGUAAUCUUCAGCUGAAGUCUGUAGUUAACUGUGCUGUGAAUGUGAGUACUCCCAGUGCUCAGCCUCAAACAGUCACUCCUGACCAGUUGCCUCCUGGACUUCAGUCUAAUAUAUCACUCUCUUCGUUAGUGCCAGUGAACAACCAAAUGACUCAACCUCAGACACCCUCUCAGAAUACUACACUUUUACCUACAGCACAAGCUUGUGGAAAAAAUGUUACACCAACACCAUCUCUUUGUAUCAAUGGCUACAGUCAGAAGCAAGUGCACCCAACUGUUUCUCACUCAGCUCUGUCACAGCUAAUGGAUACUGAGCCCCACAAGGAUAUAGUAUACAUGCCCUCAGCCAACACGGACUUGAUCAAACCAACUCAAGACUAUAGGUCUAUAGCAAGUCAUAAGUCAGGACAUCACUCCAGUAAUCGAAGAAGCAAUACUAGUUGUAUCCAGCAACUCCAAGGUCGUACCCAGUUUGUGUCUUAAACCUCCAGCAUUAGUUGAGAGUGGCCAGGUCAUUCUUGGAAAGGUAGCUACCUCAGCCAAUCCACGCAACUCUUGACUUAUAACAAUUUGCCCCGGAAUGUAGCAUGGAUAAGUUGUUUCCAUACGCACCAUCGUUACAUGAGUGGCAGUUGAAAUCCUUAGUUUCUUCAAAAAGAGCCACAAUUAGCACCCAUAACUGAAGUUUAUUUGUAAACAGUGUUUCUUGUGAAGGCUUUAUAUAGGUACAGUUAAUGUAAUGGUUGUGUUCCUUUCAACAUGUCAGAGUACCUCAACAAGCCAAGAAACUGUUUUUACUUGAGAAAUGCAAGUUUUGUGUAUUUUAACUAUAGUUUGAAACCAAGAGAUUCUUUUAUGGAAAAAUUAGUCAGAUGUCUGAGUUUUAUGUCUUCAUUUUAAAAUCUUAAUUUAAUUUUUUAUAUAUAUUUUUUUUACUGAGACAACAUAAGUACAAAAGAACAGUGUUUUUCUUUAUAUAAAAUUAUGUGAUUACUUACAACUUUUAAAAAAUAAAAUAGAAAAACUGCUCAGAAUCACUUAUUUAUGAGAAAUUUUACCAUGAUUUUAAUGCUGUGGGAUUUUUAAAAAAAGGUAUUGUUUGUGAUCUUUCAUUUUGAACAUAAUAGUUUGUAGUUGAAGUUAUAAACCAAGCUUAAAAUUUUAAAAACUCUUCCAUGCUCACUAAUUCACAUCCCGUCCUUUCAUUUCAUUUUUUUCUUUGCACUAUUUUCAUACAUCAUCUUAAGAAGCACACCAUUCAUUCACCAAUUUUAACUUUUUAUUCAAACCAUUCGAUCAUAACCCAUUAAAUCCGAUCCAACUGUGAAGAUGAGCCAUCAUUAUAAAGUGGCAUAUCCUGCCUUCUGCAUGAUUAUAGUCUUAAAUAUCUUUAUCGACUCUUCGUAACUUUUUUUAUUUAUCUGGUAUUAUAGUUUAUGUAACAAAAGAAUGCAUCUGUGUUAAAUACUAGUGAAUAUUAUUUCGAUAGUUCAAAAAACAUUUACACCAGUGAUAAUGUCAUUGGUAAGGUUAAUUCAUUUAUUCUAGUGGAAAUUUUGUUUUAAAGCUCUCAAACUUAUCUCUUGAUCUUGGACUUGUACAGUUCACUUUGAAAUUUUUAUAGUGUUUGUAGUUUAAGUUAUUAUAUUGUUACUUUAAUACCCAUGAAAGUUAUCUACUGUAAAUGUAUCCAUGCAAAUGUGAUGAAGUUAGAUAGUUUUAGGAGUAGGUAUACGAGUACAAGAAGCUUGAGUUUGCUUAAUGUAUUUUCUCAUGAUGAUAAUGGGAAAUGCACUAGAUCAAAACAUUUUUUCGGCUCUACUUUAUAAGCUUAAAAGUAAUUUGCUUUAAAGAUAAUACAUUGUUAUUUCUCAAUAUUUAUCUUUUGUCUGAAUUAAAAUGUUCUGUAACGUGUUGUUAUGAUCUUAAUUUUAUGUGUGAAAAUAAAGCAUUGGUAUAUUGUGGGCAUUAAUACAGAAUUUCACAAGUUCUUAUUGUUUAGGUUAAAAAGAUUUACGGAACAAGUAAGAUUUGGUUUCAGUAUUUUGUUCAGUGAAAAAGUCCCAGUUUGCAAAGGUUGAGUAGAGUUAAAUAAAUGUUAGAGAAUGGAAUAAUGCAAAGAAUUAUUUAAUGAAGGAUGAAAGCUGGUAAAGAGUAAUUUUAUUAAACAUAUUCAGAUAAUGCUCUAUGGUGUUUUGAUAUACAUUAAAUUCUCAUUCAUAUAUAUAUGAUAGUACAGUGUUUCCUUGUUUUGUUCUGUAUGGUGUAUAGAAUAGUAGGUUAAACUAAGUGAUAUACCCUAGUGACUGAUCAAUUACAGAUUUGUUUUUAUCCCACUGAUAACUGAAUUUAACUAAGACAGUAUAUUUUGUAUAAGACUGUAGAAAAUUUGAAAAUAUCUUUUUUUUUUCAAAAUAUAUUGUAUUCAGUUGAAAAAUUUUUAUAGGUGCUACAGUAUGAUUCUUUAAUUAUCUUAUUUAAACUAACAAGAAAAUGUUUGGUAUCUAGGUGUUCCCAUCACUUGUUCAUAAAGAGAAAAUUAAGAGUAAAGUUUCCAGCACUAAAUAAGUGAUAAGUUGAAUAGUUCUAAAGUAAGGGAUAAAACAUGAAAUCAGUACAAAAUACUUACAAUUGCAAGGAAAGUUUUCAUGUUUUACCCUGGCAAUUAGUUUAAACACUGCCAAUACUUGUACAUAUGGUUGAGCACAUAAGAUGGUGAUAAGUCUUUUAGUUUGUUCUAUCACUGCCAUUUUUUACUGUUGCAGUAAGAAAGUAUAUACAGUGUGUAUUACUGAAAGAAAGUUUAUAAAUUCAUUAUUUUUUUUGUUCUGCCACACCAUGAAGUUUAGUUACUUGUAUACAGAGUCAAAAUGAUAUUGUAUUCAGUAAAAUGUUUUUUUUUGUUGUUGUUGUUUAAAUCCCCUUGGUGGGAGGCUUGACCAAGGGUUGCAGUUUUUCCUUAUUUUAGUAAUAAGUUAAUUGUAUAAUUAAGUCAAUUUCCUCCUUUUGUUUUUUCAAGCUUUUCAGUUUGUUAUGAAGGAAGAUAAAAAAAAAAAUCCAUGUAAUUUAUUUCAAUGUUUAAAGAAAAAAAAAUCCAAGUGAAGUUUGUCAUUAAGUUUGACUUCAGCUUACAUAAAUCAAUUUUCCAUGAGAUGGAAAAAUUUUAGGAUUUUGUUUGUCUCUGUGUGUGUGCGUGUGUAUGUGAUGUCUCAGGGUUUACUCGUCUGUUAUUUUCAUAAGUAACAAUGAUUUGAAUAGUCACCUAUAGAAGAGAGAAAGUUGUCUUGAUGAACUGUAAUUUAAGAAAUCUUUUUUUUUAACUAGUUCAGGAGAUAAAAAAAUCUAUGAAACAUGUUUGCUCAACCUAUCAUUAAGCCAUACAGACAGAAAAAAAAACACUAUUGUUUGCUUCAAACAACCAAAGGUCUAUGUCUGUUGUCUGGUUCGAUGUGAUGCUGUUACAUGAGUAUCAAAUCAAUGAAAUUGUAUUAUGGUGAAAAUUAAUCUAAUAACUUCUUACCUUUUUAUCCUUCAUAGAAUAAAAAAAAUUACCAUACAUUUGACUGUAGCUAACUUUUAUUACAUUUGAGAUAUUUCCAUGAUAAGAAUGUGAAAGUAACAACAUAAAAUUGAUUUCUCUCUGUAUAAUUUAAAAAGUAUUGCUUCUCUUAUAUUUUUAUUUUUACUUUGUAGGAGCAACUUGUACUAAGGCUGUGCAGGUGUUCUUAUAUGUAAUUAUCUAAGAUUAUAUACCUACAGGAAAAUUCCUUCUUAGGUUUAUUUCUCGUGUUUUAAAAAUGUAUUUUAAAUUUUCAAGGUUUAAAAUUUUGAUUGUGGAGAACAUAUUUGUAACAAAACAUCUAUUUUACUGUUAUGAUGUAAUGAAACUGUGCCUUUGAAAUUUAAAAAUCUACAUAGAGAUCUUCAAACUUUUGAAAAGAAAGAAAGAAAACAACAGCUAUCACCAAUAUAAGUAAAAAUAUAGAUUUUCUUUUUCUUACAAGACCAGGGUUUUACAAGUGUUGUUUUGUACUAAUCACAUUACCUUUAACUUAAAAGGAAAUGAAGUCAACCAUACUGUUGCCUACUGUUUGAUAUUCUAUUAAAAAACAAAGUUGUUCAAUAUUUAAGCUAUUAAUUUAUCUGGCAGUGUUUUGCCACAUAUCAACAAUCCUGCCGACAAAACUUUCAUCUGGUGAUCUCAAUGUUUUUUGGUUUUAAAUACCGUAUAAGUGAAACUUCAGUUUAGGUUACCACUCGAUGGUCAUCAUAAGUUUCGUAUAUAUAUAUAUAUAUAUAUGACGUCACUUUUGGUGCCCUUUAGUGAGAAGCGCUGUGUAUGUAUAUUGUGUAGGAAUUGUAAUAAAGAAUUU